AUGGCCAGCCUGGGCAAAGGCGAGCUCGAAGACCUAGACCCCAUUAUUACUAGUGAAACAAAUUCUAGACAGCUGCUCUGGAAUAUGGACCGCGCAUUCCGGAGCUCGCUGUGGUAUCCGACCAUGGAGGAGCGACAACAAGGUAUCUGGUCUCCUCACAAGGGCACUCUGGACUGGGUAUUCCAGAACAGUCCGGCGGAAAAGACAGUGCCGUGGGAUGAUUUCAAUCAUUUCGUGACAAAAGGCUGCGGCACACAUUGGAUCACGGGCAAGGCAGGGUCUGGGAAGAGCACGCUCAUGAAGUACAUCAACACCAACCCAAAGCUGGAUGUUGCCCUAUCGGAAUGGGCGGCGGGACGCGAAAUAUUCAAAGCCUCCUUCUACUUUGACUACCUCGGCACAGAAAUGCAGAAGUCGGAAAUGGGACUUCUGAGGUCUCUGGUUCUCGAAUUGCUGAGCACGCACCAGAAGCCGGAACCCAUGUUUUGGAGAGGCGAGGAGCAGAGGUUUUUCACUCAUCUCGGAUCGCAGAAUCUCGCAUUAAACACAGAGCGUAUCAAAGUUGCGUUUCCGGAGCGCUUUGAAUCAAUGCAGCUAUCAUCGAAGCGGCCGGCUUCGUUCGAGCCGAGCCGCAACGAGCUGCUGAUGGCGCUGAACAGAAUCUUUCAGCACUCGCCCGACGCACGGUUCUUCCUCUCGAUCGACGGGCUUGACGAAUACGACGCUGAGAGCGCCGAGAUGAGCGACUUGGCUGAGAUCCUCAAGUCAAUCUGCCAGCGAGAGAAUGUUAAGGCUGUGAUCUCCAGCCGGCCCUGGGCCGUAUUCGAGGACGCCUUCGCCGCCAGCCCAAGACUGCGGCUCCACCAACUCACUCACGAUGACAUCAGCUUCUACGUGAGCGACAAAAUGGAGCAUGAUCACCGGAUGCGACGGCUUCUGAAAUUCCAUCCAGAGGAGUCGAAGGCAUUGAUGGAAGAGAUUGUCGAAGCAUCUGCAGGCGUUUUUCUCUGGGUCCGUCUCGUGGUUCAGAGCCUAAUGGAAGGCCUUGUGAACAGAGAUGGCGUUUCUGACAUGCAACUCCGCCUCCGCGACCUCCCAACCGACUUGGACGAGCUGUACCGGGUGAUGCUAAAACGAGUUCCGGAUUCGUAUCGGCGCCAGACUUCCAAGCUGCUGGAACUGGUCUACUACGGAACUCGAGAUAAAUGGAAGCUGAGCCUCUUCGGACUUCAUUACGCAUUCGAGUUGGGUGAGGAAGAAGUGCUGAGAGCCCCGAUUGAGCCAUGGCCGCCGGAAGAGCUAGACUGGGUUUUUGAAUCCAUGGAGAGAAUCAUCCAAAGUCGCUGUCUGGGCUUUGUGGAAGUGGUGCAUUUGGACACUAUAUGGCUGGCACAUGGUCCAGACACAUUCGAUACAAGAAGCAAGCAAAAGAGCGCUGUCCGAUUCAUACACCGCUCAGCAGUUGACUUCCUCCGCCGGCCGGAGACUUGGUCCCAGCACAUCACGAACUGGAAGGAUGCAUCUUUUGAGCCAUCCCUUGCGUUGCUCUGCUCCGCGAUUCAUACAUUGAAAAGACUCCACUUCGACAAGACCAUGGAGUCGGUCGGAAUCAUCAGAUCAAUGGCUCUCUACGCCGGGUACCGAGCACUUGAGGCAGAGCACCUGACGGAGCAGGCCUCGCCAGCACUGCUACUUGAGCUGGACAGGGUGAUGGAAAUCCAGGUCAACAAGGUCGAUGUACGAUCGCGGCCGAACGACGGCAGCGGGAAAAAGCAUAUCUGCUUGUUAUGUAAAAGCACACACACCGCGAAAUGUCCUUCACACUGGUCGAAGCUGUGCUUUGAGUUCAGCCCGCGAUCGAGGACGACCUUCUUGUCCUUUGCCGCCUCCCUGCAGCUCCGAUAUUUCGUCCAGAGCCAGGUCGCCUGCCAUGGGCCCCAGAUUGUCGACCAAGAACAGGACUCGCUGUUGGCUUACGUGGAAGAGGCCAGGAAUUCUCAACCAGGGACUCUUGAUGAACCUCAUAUAUCUGUUGACCCUGAACUUGUCAAGUUCCUAAAAGGGUUAUCGAGAAGGGCGAUGUUCUCCAAGAAGAGAGUCCUGCGAAUGUGGUCAAGCAAGAAGGUCAAAAAGAGGGGUGUAUCUGGGCAGUCUAUUAUCUCGGCAGGACCGUAG